AUGAGGUCGGAGAUGCAGUCCAGGCUGGAUCGUCCAAGCUUCGCCGUGUGCCCGGACGGCGCCAGUCGCCCCGGCAUCAUCCAGGCGGCCAACGCGGACGGCAGCUACGCCGUGCGCUGGCUCUCUGGCUCGACCAGCGAUGUGGAGCCACACGAGAUCGAACAGGUCUCCGGCAAAUUCACGGUGGGAGAUGCGGUGCAGGUGGAUGACCAACGCGGCAAGCUGGUGGCGAAAGAAGCGGACACCUUCACCAUCUGCUGGGAGGAUGGAUCUGAAUCUGACAUCUCCGCCUUUGAGGCAAAACCAGUCUUGAUCCCCUUCGAGCAACUGGAGGUUGGCCAGCGCUACGAGGCAACAGUCCACCGUGUGUAUCACAGCGGGGCCUUCGUGGACUUCGGUGCUGAAGUCAUGGGGAACCUGCCCACAGCCUAUGUGUUGACCCAAGAUGGCAGCCGCAUUGGGAAGUUCGACCCCAUCACGGAGCAUUUGAAGAGGAACCAGAAAAUCCAAGUUGUGAUCCAGGCAAAGAGAUUGGAUCGCAGCGUCCGUGUGGCCAUGGUCAACGAUGAGGCAGCUUGA